AGUAAUGCUUCAGAAGGGAACCAUUUGGAAGCCAAACAAAGAAGCAGGGAGGGGUGAGAACGCUACGAACGCUCAGCUCGGCGCAUCACGAUGCAGCCGGUAGAGGAGAAAGAGGAGGAGAGGAAGGAGGAGCAAGCAGGCAAGCAGACGGACUGGAGUUUUCGCCGGUCUCAUUCGCUCUUUCCGUGCUUGGCAAAGCACCUUCUCUCUGUCCGUAGUCUCUCCGAAGCGACACUGAUCCAUAACUUUGUAGCCUGAGCUUAAAGAAGGCACCCGGAAGCACGGGAGCUCUUCCUGCUGCGACACCAUGUUGCCCUGGAGGAGGAAUAAGUUUGUUCUUGUGGAGGAUGAGAAUAAGAUGAAAUCCAAGAGUCUGGGGACAGGACUGACCUACCACUCCAUCCUCUCCUCUCUGCUACGCUCCUGUCCUGACCUGCUGCCUGACUGCCCCUUCGACUGGGUGGGAAGCAUCUUCCACACCAAACGUCAGAAGGUGGAACUGAACAAAGAGGAGCCAGUUUACAAUGUGCGUUAUCUGGGAAGUGUGGUCACCAUCACGGCGAAGGGCGAAGGCUGCACACAGGAAGCGGUGGCCAAGAUCUGGACAAAGAGCAACUACGGGGAUCAGAGCGUCAAAAUGAGGCUGACGGUGGGCCCGCAAGGCAUCCGCAUGAGUGCCGACAAAUCUGGGAAAAAAAGUCCCAUUCAUCUUUACUCUCUGAGCAGGAUCACGUAUUGCGCCGCCGACCCAUGCCGGCCUAAGAUCUUGGCUUGGAUUUACCGGCACCAAAUCAAGAACAUGGCGAUCGUCCUUCGAUGUCACGCCGUCCUGGUAAGCAAAUCGGAGAAGGCCCAGGCCAUUGCGCAAAGCCUCUACAAGCACGCCACGUCUGCCUUCAGCGAGUUUAAACGUCUGAAGCGUCAGAGUGACUUCCGGCAUUGCCAACAGCAAUUACUGGGGGAGGAGGCGGUACCCCUCAUGCCCCUAAGACGGCUCCUCAAUGGGCAGUGCCACUACAGACCGCCCGCGGAUACGCCGGGUAGUGCUACACGCCUCUGCUCCAUCACAGAAGAAGAAGAGGAGGAGGAGGAUGAGGAGAAAGCGGCACCCCAGCAAAAGAUGGAACCCAAAAGGAAGCAGAAAGUUUUAACGACAAACACAGACCCGACUCAGUUGUUGUCCCAGUUGGACCUCGGGGAUAUUGCCGGACUGGAGCAGUGCCAAAUCAACUUUGUCAGCGACAGCAACAACAACACCUUCACAUUUAUAACCUCGCUGGUGUGACUGCGAAACACAACAUCACUUGGGACUUAUAAUCCGUGUCUCCGUCCUUCACCGAUGCAGCCCACGAAGGCUUCCUCCUUCUUCUCCCUCCGUGAAAUGUAUUCACCAGCAUCUGUCGGCUGGCUGGUCUUCUGAGGGGGCACUUUGUGUUCUGGCCAGAUGGCUCUGGUGCCGGUGUGCCAGAUUGACUGUAGCGACUCGGGAAUGUUUACAAGGCAGACUGCUGAUGCACACGCUUACGAGCACAAUGACGAACAUCGCUUUUAGGCAAAACGAUUUAUUAGGCCAUUUAUUGACCACUAAACAGGCCUCUUUGUCAUAUUUCACGUCAGGACAUUUUUGAUUGGACUUUUUUUUUUUUUAAAGCCCGUUUGUAUGUUUGUGUAGUUUUUUCUACUGUGACAAUCCUCACUGAUGUUGUUGUUUAUUAUGCGAUGGAUUAGGAUGCAAGCCAUUGAGGGGAUGUGUUUUAAUUACGACCAUUUGUUACCACGCUUAUCAUUUAUGCAUGACAUGUCGGCUGUAACCUUUCACGUUUAGAGUUUGUCUUUUAUCAUGUGACACCUUCAAAGAGAACACUGUGAUACAUUUGUGAGCAGGGAUGAAUACGUGGGUGUAUAAUUUAUGUGAUGCAUUUUGGACACCAAACCUAUUUUUGAGGCAAAUUUCAGUGUUGUUGUUUUUGUGCCACAUCUCCUCUUAUGUAACCUGCCACAAAAGGCUGACAAUUUGAAUAGAAUUGUUUGGCAAAUGACUGGGGCUACUGAGUAAAUCUAGACAGUGUGUUUAAUUCCAUGAAAUGAAGCAUCUAGAAUAUUUAUUUUCAAACCACGUUGAAUAAAAAUCAACUUCUCUAUGAUU